AGAUUUCAUGAAUGAAAGAGAUAGUUAUGAUUGGAGAUAAAUGACCUCAUGAUAAUAUUACUAUGUUAGGAAGUGAAAGAUAAAAAACUCGAGGUGAUAUGUCAACAUUGCUCAAGGCAAACAUCUCCUUUCGAUUUUAAUAGCAGGCCAUGAAGAACCACACCAACGUCAAAUUAUGACAGUAAUUUACAAAGAAUAUAUUUAUCAUUUACAGAAAUUUUACGUCUUUUAUUAGAUUAGUUUUUUAAAGAUGUGUACUAUUAAUAGAUCUCGCGAUAGAUCUUAUGGCUGUCCAGUGCCAGUUGGAAAUAGUGUGUGUGGUGAAACAAGGACUUUGGAUAUUAUAAAUGAGUUUAAAAGACUUUAUGAAGAGAAAAUGCACGAAAUAGAUAACUCUAGCUGUGGAGAUUGCUUACAGGAAAAAAUAAAGCUUCAACAGGAUUGGAUUGGAGAUUUAACUGAACAAAAUGAAAUGCUUGUCAGAGCCGUCGAAGAACUGGAGCAAGAAGCUACAGAAAGAGUGAAAAUGUUAGAAGAGAAGCUACAAAAGAGCGCACAAUGUAUUUGUGAGGUAAUGAAAAAAUACAGGGAACACGACAUAACAGAAGAUAUUUUGGAAGAACCAAGAAAGAGGAUAUUCAAUUUGGAAAGUGACGUUAGGAAUUUAUUGGAACUAAUUCGAAGAGUUAGAGAUGAAGAUGAUUUUUCUUUGGGAGGACUCACUUUUUAUGAAGUAACUCAUAAGGAGCUUUUAGGUGAUAAGGUUGAAGGAAAAUUAUCAAAAGGGUGUGUACAGAACGAUACAAAAAAGACUGACCAAAGGAAUAGAGAACAAGAAAGCACGAUACAAUCAUUAGAAUCGAAAUUAGGAGAUUUUGAAAAAGUGUCCAGAGAAUUGAAAACUAAACAAGAAGAAUGUGACAAUCUACAGAAGAAUAUGAUCGAUAUGCGACAAGCUUUAACCGAAGAAGUCGCUACCAAACAUGAUAUGGUCUUAAAGUUGAAACGGGAGUGUCAAGAACUUGAAGAUAGGUGUAUUCAAGCUGAUAAACAAACUGCAUUCCGAGAUGACAUUAUCAAGGAAUUGAGAAAAGAAAUCAAGCAACUGAAACAACAGGAAAAUAAUGUUUUGAAAGAAGAUUCCUUGAGAUUAAUGAACAAAUUAGUUACUUUGAUUACUCAAGAGGAAGUAGAAAAACUAAAUAAAACCAUAGACGAGCUUAGAAAUACUUUAGAACAAAGUAAAAGGCUUCAAGAAGUCGAAGAAAAGGAAAAAUGUUCUCAAAUAUGUGCUUUAACUGAGAGAAUUAAAGAGUUAGAGGGAUGCUUGUGCGAUGCCAAUGAAAGGAUAAAGCGAACAUAUUCGGAAAAUUGCGUUUUAAACAAUAAAAUUAAGGAAUUGGAAUGUUGUAUGUGCGAAGCUAACGAACAGAAAAAGAUAAAUAAAGAAGAAAUAAACAUAUUAAUAAAUAGACUUAAAACAUUGGAACAGAAACCUUGUCCACAGAUGAAUUUGGAAAGUCAACAAACUGCAAUUUUGGAAGAAAAAAUAAGAGACUUAGAACUGUACAUACAGGAUAUAAAAGGAAAAUUGAAAUUGUGUAAGUUAUGCAGACAUAGCCUACGUGUAGGAUUUUGUGGUAAUACUGAGGUUCAAACGGACGUUAGCGAAACAAACGACGAACAAAUAGAAAAGUUGAUUGAAAGAGAUGAACUUAUCAAAUUCCAAGCUGAAACGCUAAAGAUGCUGCAACAAGAGUUACAAAACUAUCAGAAAAGGGAAGAAGAGUGGUUGACAGAUAAAGAAAGGGGUGAAAAGAGCUGUAAUGAAGUUCAAUGUUUGGAAAAUCAAAUCAUUUCAUUAAAAGAUAAAUUACUUCGGUGUGAAUAUAAAGUGGACGAAUUAGAUAACACCGUGAAAAAUAAAGAAGAUAUAAUAAAAACUCAAAAAGAAGCACUAAAUUGUAUUGAAAAGGAGGUCGAUAAUAUGAGAAAUAAAGAAGCGGAAUUGAGGAAUGAGAAUCAAAAACAUUGUUUAUGUAUUCAACAAUUAAAAAAUAAAUUGAAUGAAUUGGAGACAACGACUAAAGAUGCCGAAAGAAGAGCAAGUAAUUUACAAAUAGCUGUUGACUUGUAUACAAAUACUAUCAGUGUACUGGAAGAUACUGAAGAGAAGUACAAAUUAGAGAUCGAAAAUCAACGCACAACAAUCAGUCACUUACAGGAAGUCUUAGUAACGACAAAAAAUGAACUAGACAGUGUCAAACAAAAAUACAAUGAUAGUGUUAAUUGUCAAGAAAAACUUCUGGUUAUGUUUCUUCAAAUAAUAUCAGAGAGCGAAAACGAAAAGGAACAACUGAAUCAACAGCUUUAUCUAAUUGAAGAAAAUUAUGAAAAACUGCAAGAAUUAAAUUUUAACGUAGAAUUAGAACAUUGUAGCAGUCUGCAAGAUGUUGAGAGCUUAGAAAAUCAACUAUUUAAGUAUCAUAGUUUAUUAAAAAAUUCCGAGGAUGAAUUGAAACAGUGCAAGUGUCAUUUAAAAAAAUUAUUAACACAAAAGAAAAACUUUGAAGAAGUGAUUCAGUACUUUAAGCAGGAAAUGAUCAUGAUGGCAGAACAACUUGAACAUUUACAAGGAUUAUUGACUCUUUCCCAUGGUUCGGCUCAAGAGGAAUCUAAUAAAUUGAUGUCGGCCUACACGAAUAUACAAGAUCUGAAUGAGAAGUUAACCAAGCAACUGACAAUAGCCGAAGAAAAAGUACUUCUCGAAAGCCAAAUGAAUCAAAUAAACGAAGCUAGGAUAAACGAAUUGGAGAAAUUAAUUUGUGAAAAGGAAAUGGAUGGAAAGAAGCACCAUCGGACGGUUCAAAACAUUAAAGAAAAUUUAACUUGCUCCCUAGGACAAAAUAAAGAACUACAGAGAACUAUAUCUUGCCUUACAGAAACCUUGUGUGAGUUCCAAGAAGCCGUUCAACAUUAUCAAUGCGAUAAUUUGCACGCAAAAGAAGUUACAGGCAUUUGUCAAAAUCAGAUUGAAAUCUGCAAAGAAAAACUAACCGAUCUUAAGGUCUUAUUGGAAAAAAAGACAUCAGAACUGUGCAAGAUCCAAAUGGCGUACAAUAAUCAACAUAGAUCUCUAAAAUGUUGCCAAAGAGAAUUGAAGGAUAUAAAAGAUAGACAAAAAAAUAAACAGCAUUAUUUGAAGUGCGUUAUCGAGGAACUUAAAGAUAAGUUAGUAAAUACAGAAGAAGAACGUGACAAAUAUCUAAGAGAUCUCAAAGAACUUCAAGAACAAAUAACGGUUAUCAAAAAGAGGGAUGCCACCAGAUGCCAUGCAGAGAUAGUUAGAUACAGAAAAAUUAUUAGUGAUUUGAGGAAGACGUUAACGGAUCUUAACAAAAACUUAACAAAAAAAGAAAUACCAUUCGAAAGUAAAUGCAAUAGGGAAGAAUGUAAAAGGUACAUUGAACAAUUCAAUGAUGAAAAAGUUUCAGUUGGGGAAGAAGAGGAAGUGACUUCUUGCAUAGAUUGCCGCUGUGAAAUGGAUUUUUAUCAAAGGGUAAUUGAGAACCUCAAAAGAGCAGUAACAGAUUUAAAGAGUAGACUCUUCGAUACUCAAAGGAAGAACAAGCAAAUGGAAUCGGAACUUAUGGAAAAAGAAUUCCAAGUUGUAGAAAUAUCAAAGACCCAAUUGGAAAAAGAUAAAGAAUAUAGUGAGCUCAAACAAAAAUUGAUGGACAGAUUAAGACAAGCACACUUGGAGGAAAGUCGAUUUUCAGAACGAUCAAAACAAUUCGAAAAAGAGUUAACGUCUCUACGGAGAGAAUUGGAACUGAAAACAUUGCAAUUAACUGAGUUAGAGCGAAAUUCUCAACAACUCAAUGGUACGAAAUGUGUGCAGUUGGCGUGUGCCCAAGAAGAAAUUAAUGCUUUAAAAGAACAGUUAAAUAGAUUAUUGAAACAACAUUGUGCUAUAAAUAUGGAGAACCAAAAAUUGCAUUCACAUAGUACACAGAUGCAAUCUACAGUAACUAAUCUCGAAGAAAAAAGUGAACUCCUAAAAACGCAGGUCGAGCAAUACUUAGUGGAACUUCAAAUGGUACAGAGAGAAAAAGAUGCACUUCAUAGAAAAAAUCAAGAUUUACUGCGCGAAUUGAGAUCGUUACAGUCAUCGUAUGAUGAUCAGCAAAGGUAUAAUGAGAAUACUGUUAAAUCCCUUGAAACUGAAUUGAGGGAAGUUAAAAAAAAUCGUGACGAUAUAUAUUUAGAAAGUAAGACUGUGGUGGAAUAUUUUCGUUUGUGGUUAAACGAACAGAAAAAAAUUAACGAUUACACCAUGGCCAAAGAGAAAGAUUAUUGUAAGACCAUUGAUAUGCUAAAGCAACAAAAUAAUGGUCUUCCAUGUGGUUACCAGGAACAACGACAUUUUUCUAAAAAUAUAAACACACUUAGAACGACGCAAGAAACUUGUCCGUCACCAUGGAGUUUGGGAUCGCAGGGCACGUCUUCAGGACAUGACGAGAGUCCUUGUAGAAGUCCUGGUAUCAACGAAAACUGUGAUUGGUACUCUCCUAAUUUUAAGAAUGAUUCGGAAGAAGAAAUGGAAGACGAUGAAGACUGGGUUAGAAAAGUAGAAAAUUUGGCUGCUCAAGUUAGGAGAACUAAUAAAAUGUGGAAGCAUAAAAUGGAAAAGGCUGAUUUGACAGUAUCGAAAGAUUGUCAAAAAUAAUUAUAAUUAUUUUUAUUUCUAAUUUUAUACAAAAAUAUACUUCUAAAUAUUGA